AGCAUGUGUAUCCGACAUUAACUUAGUAAAUCAAAAUCCUCCAUCUUUUAUCACUUCUCACUUAUUUUUAUCGCACCUUCUUUCUGUGAAUCAAUGGAGACACCAACAGGAGUCAUAGUCUUCACCACUAUAGGUGUUACCCACUACGGCUUCGAUAUCUUCUCGGCCAAAAUCCCAUCAAAUCUCGACGAAUCAGCUGCUGAAUGCCACCAGCUCACAGACGGUGUAUCUAUCAAUUUCAACGGCCAAUUCGUCGACGAAGACGAAACUGUAACUUACAUUUCAGAAAGAACAGGUGCACCACAAAUCUACUUAACUCAAAAAUCAACCAUUUCAUUUACACCGGCAGAGUUACUUCCGACCGUCGCUACCAGCUUGUUUCAGGAUCGCCCGGUUAUUCGAAACGACAAGUUAUAUUUUGUUUCAGCUCAUGAGAAUCCUAACCAAGCUUUCAAAAGUUGGUCAGCUGUUUAUUCCAAAACACUUGGUGACCGAGAAAAUGAUGAGAUCGUUCGAGUGACGCCUCAUGGUGUUGUUGAUUAUAGUCCGGCGGUGUCGCGCUCAGGAAAUCUCAUUGCCGUUGCAUCGUACGGGGAUCGUGAAUGGAAGGGAGAGUUUCAUGAUUUGGAUACUGAUAUUGUUGUGUUUAAGGAUUCUGAUCCGACUCAGAGAGUCACUGUGAGUAAAACCGGCGGUUGGCCUACCUUUUCCGAUGAUGGGAGCAUCUUUUUUCAUCGGAAAUGUGAAGAUGGGUGGUGGAGUAUUUUCCGGGUAGAUUUACCGGAGAACAUCUGUGAUAUAAAUGAAUUUGAGUUUUCUUCUCGGCGAGUCACUCCACCGGGAGUUCAUGCUUUCACUCCGUCGGCCUCACGCGACGGUAAAAGGAUCGCUGUUGCAACUCGGCGCCGUGGAAAUAAGUUCAGGCAUAUUGAAAUUUUCGAUUUGGAAUCCGAGUCAUUUUACAAAGUAACUGAGUUGAUUAGUCCAGGUUUUCAUCACUAUAAUCCGUUUUUCUCUCCUGAGUCGGGAUUCUUGGGGUACCAUCGGUUCAGAGGUGAGUCAGGUCAAGGUGAAUCGACGAUUCCUCAUCUCAACCCAGUUAUAUCUCCGUUGAAACAUCUGAAUAUGUUCCGAUUAAACGGCGCAUUCCCUAGUUUAUCUUCUGAUGGUAAUUUUAUUGCUUAUAAUCACGAUCUUGCUGCAAAUGCCGGUGUUCAAAUCGCUAAGUCGGAUGGUACAAAAGUCUGGACCGUUUUCAGAAACAAAAUAGCUUUUGGCGUUUCUUGGAGUCAAGCUGAAAAUAACGUCAUUUACUCAUCAAUUGGGCCGAUAUUUGAAUCAGCUAAAAUGACAGUGCAAAUUGCAAGAAUUUCAUUCGACAAAACACAACUUGAGAAUGAGGAUGUAGGCCAAAUUUCAGCUGAAGUUAAGAUGUUAACUAAAGAAGAUUCCGGUAACAACGCGUUCCCGUCAUGUUCACCGGACGGUAAAGAAAUAGUUUUUCGAUCAGGAAGGUCAGGUUAUAAGAAUCUGUACAUAGUUGAUGCUGUCAACGGAGAAUUUGAUGGUAAAAUUCGUCGAUUGACAGAAGGACCGUGGAUUGAUACAAUGCCGAGCUGGUCACCCGAUGGAAAACUCAUUGCAUUCUCUUCUAAUAGACAUAAUCCAGCUGAUGAGGGAUGUUUCAGCAUUUAUUUCGUUAAUCCAGAUGGGACGAACUUAUGCCGGUUUUUUAUCCAAGGGAUUGAUGAAGAACAGGUCAACAGAGAAAGAAUUAACCAUGUUUAUUUCAGUCCUGACUCAAAUUGGCUUCUUUUUACAGCAAAUUUGGGAGGUAAUUCAGCUGAGCCUGUUUCGCUUCCAAAUCAAUUUCAACCAUAUGGAGAUCUGUAUAUAGUGAAGGUGGCUGAUGGAAGUGGAUUGCAGAGGCUGACAUGUAAUGCAUACGAAAAUGGUACGCCUACUUGGCACUCUGGAAGUGCCAACUUGGAUAAGGAAUUGUUGGCUUCAAAAGAGGGUGAGAAAUUGAAGGGACAAUUUGCUGAACCACUUUGGAUAACUUUUGACAUUUAACAAGUUUUUAUAAUUUGCAAAUCAAUGUGUGUGCUUUUGAAGCGUAAUAAUAUGUAAUCUGGAGUGGUAGAAGUUGAAUUAAUACACUUUAGAGUUUUGAGAUUUAAGCUUGACUAGCAAUAAAAACUAAAUUACAGCA